AUGGGAGCUGGAGCGGUCAUAGAGCCUCUGGUGGUUAUUGUCCUCUUGUUUGGAGGCACCUGGAUCAACCGCUCUGAGGGAUCAUCCUCGACUCGACGCUACAGCCGACGGAACUCGAACGACCUUCAACGAGCAGCUUCAUCUGAUUCUUUGGAGUCGGGAUACUCAAGCCAAUCGACAAAGGAUGGCCUGUUGGGUUCUCGGUCCCACUCACCACAAGCCCCAGAAGAUCGAUGGCACAAGCGACAUAUUGGACUCCUGGGGUUGAAUUUCGAAGUGUCAUCGCCGAAUACGAUCGUCUUCCAAGACCGCUUGCUCAGCCGGUUGCUCCGAAAGUUUCCUUUCUUGGUGGAAUGUUGGUAUUGGGCUUUGGUUUACUGGACGUACCAGCUCGGUCGCGCCUUUACCGCCGUCACUCUCAAGGAUGACACUGUCGAUGUUGCGAGGAGACAUGCAUUGCAACUAAUCGUGAUCGAGGAGAAUCUUGGUAUAUUAUGGGAGACCUUGAUUCAAAGACACUUCCUUCGCCAGCCCCUUGUCAUGCCUUGGAUCAAUUGGAUAUACUCCUUCAUACACAUUCCCGGGACAAUCGCAUUUCUUGUCUGGCUCUAUUACUAUACUACAGUGCGGAAUCGAAUCGAUGAGCCCCAGCCUGGCAAGCCCAUGGGUGCUGUGAGCGGGUCGCCUGCAGGUCCUCUACUAUACCAGGCCCGCCGGCGGACUUUGGCCGUGUGCAAUCUUCUCGCAUUCGUGGUUUUCACUCUUUGGCCUUGCAUGCCACCUCGGUUACUAAGUGACCCAGCCGCGGAUGGUGAAGAGGCGGAUCUUGGCCGCAGUUAUGGAUUCGUGGACACGGUGCAUGGUAUCAAUGGAUCAGGCAGUGUGUGGACAGAAAACCGCUUCUCGGCAAUGCCUUCUUUGCAUUUUGGGUACUCUUUAAUGAUCGGCCUCACACUGAUGACAAUACCUUUGCCACAACACCACCGGCGCACAAUCCUGCGUACCAGGCUGACCCGUGUCCUGAGAUUGAACCUCCCGUCAUGGCGCCGCCUUGUUUGCGUCACACUCGGAUUCUUAUAUCCGUUUACCAUCCUUGUAGCUAUUGUUGCUACUGCUAACCAUUUCAUUCUGGAUGCUGUCGCGGGAGCUCUUGUAUGUGCCUUGGGGUGGUAUUUUAAUCGGAUGCUGCUCAAUCUGUUGCCGCUGGAGGACUACUUCCUUUGCCUUGUCCGGAUCCACAAGCCGGAACCGUCACUUCUCGAUAUCCCUGAAGAGGAUCUCCCUACGAGUGAAACUGCUUCUGAACAUGCUCGCAUCUGA